GAAAAUUAGAGAUUACUUCUCGCCUCUGGCCUCGAAAAGAAAGAAACUUCUCGCAUCUUCCUUCUCGACGGUCGUUCUAGGCAGCGGGGUCGUCGGCAAGCCCUUUCGCCUCGCGUGCCCCUCUCGAUCCUCGCCUCCUCGGGACUCCGUAUGGAGGAUUUCUCACCCCGCUUCCCCGCCGCUGGAGAGCGUGAUCCUAGAUUUGGCAAGGUGCAGAAGAGAAAGCGAGAACAUGAUUGCACAACAGCAAGUAGUGAAAGUGGCAAGCCAACAGAUUGCACGACAGGAAGCAUAAGGAAUGGUGAUUUGGUUGAUAAUUUGGAGAAGCAAUUUGGCUACUUCAGCACUUCUGGUCAAGGUGUCUGGGGUGAACUCAGUAAACAAGUUGCUUCAAAGUUAUCUGAAAGGGUUUAUGCCAUUGCUGCUUUUAAAGGAGAUAAAAUGAUAUGUUCAUGCUCAGGCAUAAUUAUACACUGGAAACCACGCCUCAUUACUUUGUUGACUUCAGCAAGUUUGGUCAGAUCUUUUCAUGAUGAAAGCAAGAUCUCUGAGGACUUGACGAUUAGAGUGUGGAAUGAGUAUUAUCAGUAUGCCGAUGCCUGGCUGGAGCAAUAUGAUUUACAUCAUAAUAUUGCUCUUGUCAACUUUCAAGCCCCUGGUUGCGCUAGUCCAGCAAGUUUACAACAUAAAGAGCAACUUGAGUCAGGUAGCAAGGUAGUAGCUGUUGGAUGUUUGUUCAACUCAAGGAAAUUGAUGGCCACAAGUGGGAUAGUGAUGGACAAAUUGAGCAGAUCUGAUGGCGAAGAAUUUAUAGUUUCCACUUGUAAAGUCAGUAAGGCUGGGACUGGAGGGCCUCUUGUUGAUUUCAAUGGGUUUUUUCAUGGCAUGAACUUCUAUGAUGUGGAACAAACAAUCUUCCUUCCAAGAAAUAUAAUUCUCAAGUGCAUUGAGCGUUUUGGAAUAUUUCGGGCUGAAAAUAAGCAAGGCGGUCAUUGUGCUGGUGGCAUAAUUACGAGAAGCACAAACAAUGGUGUGAAUGGCUCCCCAGAUUCUUGCUUGUACCCACAAGCAUGUGUUGAUAGGAUACAUGAAAAUCUGCGCUCGCGUAGUUAUCCGUUGCCAACAAAAUUCUGUGGAGGCAUGGUUUUGGUUAAUGGUUUUGAAGAGAAAUUUCCCAACAUGGAUGGUACUUGCGGAGAUGGCCUGAAUCAGCUCAGUAAAGAAGUAGCUUCAAAUUUGUCUCGCAGUGUUGUCUCGCUUGCUUCAUUCAGUGGGAAAAGAAGGUUAUUUGCAUGUACGGGCAUAGUUAUAGAAUACAAUCUAUGCACAAGUGUUCUGACGUCAGCAAGCUUGGUCAGAUCUUCUGAGGAUGAAAAUAGGAUUGAUGAUAACUUGAGGAUUGAAGUGCGCCUUCCCAACAAACAAUAUGUCAUAGGAAAGCUGCAGCAUUGUAGUUUACACUAUAAUAUCGCUUUAGUGAAUAUCGUGGCAUCCCCUUAUCUUCAUGCGGCAAGUCUCAAUCAUCAAGUACAAUUUGAGUCCGGUUCGGAGGUGGUGGCUGUAGGGCGCAUCUUUGCAGUUGGCAAAUUAACGGCCAUAAGUGGAACAUUGACUGAUAAACGGAGCAAAUUUGAUUGCACAGAACUACGGACCUCCACAUGUAAAAUAAGAAAGGGUGGGAUUGGAGGACCUCUUGUUGAUCUUGAUGGGCACUUUAUCGGCAUGAACUUUUAUGACGAGGAAGAAACUCCGUUCAUACCGAGGAAUUUAAUUCUGGAAUGCCUGAGGCGUUUUGAGACAGAGAGGAGCAUUGCUGCUGACAUGUGUAAUUUAAACAGAUGGCCAGUGCCAAAACCCUAUUGGGUCUAUCCGGCGGCGAGUGAUUGGGAUAUGGACAUGAACGUGAAGGUCGAUAUGAGAGCAGCCACUCUAACGUUGCUUUAACUUGCUCUUGGCAUGUAAGCGUAGUGUGAUAACUGAUAACUACGGUGACAACUAUAGUGACGCCCUUGUGCUAGUUGCUAGAGCUCUGUCCCUAACAAGUGUUGAAUAUUACAUUGAAGAACAUGUUUUGGUUGGUAAUAUCUUCGGUGGCAAGUGUUGAACCACUUGGUGACUCGUGUGAACUUUGAAUUGUCCGUGUUACUGAUGCGGUGCCCGCUCUAAGUAACUUCAGUGUUGGUUACCAGUUGAGCGUAAACAAGGAUGUCAUCUGGUAAGUCGAAGUAAAAAGUUCUGCGUGUAUGAAGGUUGUAAAGUGAACAGCUCUGAAGUUGAGUGUGAAAUUUGGAUUCCUUCAGUU